AUACAUUUUCUCAACCUGAUUUAUCACAUGAACUUUUUCUUAAUGCUCCAGAACUUCAUGAAGCAGGCUUUCAACGUCUAUUUUCAUGCUAUGAUGAAGGACGCCAAGCAUGCAAUGUUGUAACUUACAAAUGGCAAAACUUAUUAGAAAUGGAUAAGUCUAAAAUUAAAAAAAUUAAAAAGCAAAUACCUAAAACUGGUAUUGUUCGUACAAAAAAACUAUGUCAAAAACAUCAAACUACUGAAGAAAAAAAAAACAUACUUGAUCUUAUUCUUUCUGAAAAGAUUUUUCCUAAUGAUAAACUUCCUGAUCUUCUUUUACAACUUAAUACUGUAUCUACUGGAUGGACAGAAUCUCGCAUAAAAAUUUUUUGGAGAAAUAAUAGAAUUAAUAAAUAA